AUGUCCAUACAGACCUUCCCCGAGCAAGUCAUUUCCUUCAGCAGCAAGGACUUCGAAGGAGUCACCCGGGGUCACAAUCAGGCCCUGGUGGUAACCUUGGAUAUAGCCGAAAACGAGGUCAGACGGAUCCUAGUUGACAACGGCUCUUCAGCAAACAUCUUGUUCAAACAUACCAUGGACCGGAUGCAACUAGGGAACAUCCGGAUGAACGACUACAGGGAGGACCCCUUAUACGGAUUCGGGAACAGCAUUGUCCCGGUCCUGGGAACCCUUUACCUCCCGGUUCGUUUCGGUACAGCCCCAACCCAGGUUGUCCAUAUGAUCAAAUUCUAUGUCACAGACACUCCUUCCUCUUACAAUGUGAUCAUUGGUCGUCCGGGUCUAAAAAAAAUCGAAGCCAUCACUUCUGUCACGAACCUGAAGUUCAAAUUCCCAACCCCGUUUGGGGUAGGUGAAGUCAAAGGAGAUUCGGAAACAGCCGGGGUGUGUUAUAGCCAAGCCUUGGUAAUGGCGGAAACACAUAUGGACAACAAGAGAAAGGCGACCGUUUUCCAAAAACAGAGAAGCAACAAAAAGCAUCGACCUUACCCGAAAACAAACCCCAAAGGCGAAGUCCAGGUCAUCGACCUUGACCCGGGCAGUCAUAACCCGAGAGCAACCAACCCUGAUCCUGGACAAAGCAACCAAGAAGCAACCAUGAGCCCAGCUCAAAACUUCGUUGAAAAGAACACUGAUGCCCGGAUCCAACAAAUGAUCUCGGCACAAAAAUUAACUAAGGUCGAAGCUGCGGUCGAGACCGAGUGUGUCCUGAUCGAGAAAGACAACCCGACAAGGAAAGUCAAAAUUGGAAAAGGCCUGGAUACCGUUUUCAAAGAAGAACUCGUCCAACUACUUCGGAGUUACGCAGAUGUCUUUGCCUGGAGCCCGGAUGACAUGCCCAGAUUGGAUGAGUCACUAGCAAUGCACAGCCUGGAUGUAGACCCCAAGAAGAAGCCGGUAAAACAAAAGCGAAGAAAUUUCGCCCCGGAGAGACAGAAGGCGAUAGAUGAGGAAGUUGGUAAGUUAAUGAAGGCAGAUAUCAUCUGCGAGAUCAAAUACCCGGAGUGGCUAGCCAACGUAGUCAUGGUAAAGAAAGCAAACGGCAAGUGGAGGAUGUGUGUUGACUACACGGAUCUGAAUGCGGCAUUCCCCAAGGACCUUUAUCCUCUACCAAGCAUAGACCAGCUUAUUGAUGCCACAUCAAGACACCUGAUGUUAAGCUUUAUGGAUGCUUUCUCCGGGUACAAUCAGGUUAAGAUGAACCCAGCAGACAUAGCCAAAACAGCCUUCAUAACCCACCGGGCAGUAUAUGCCUACAAACUGAUGCCCUUCGGGUUAAGGAACGCCGGGUCCACAUACCAGAAAGCGAUGAAUGAAAUUUUCAAGGAUCAACUUGGUAGAAAUUUGGAAUGCUAUGUCGAUGAUAUCAUCUCCAAGUCCACAUCAGUCCCGGGUCACAUUUCAGAUCUCAGAGAAAGUUUUGAGAACAUGAGAAGGACUAAACUCAAGCUCAACCCGGACAAGUGCACCUUUGGAGUAGAAGCUGGAAAGUUUUUGGGUUUUAUGGUAAGCAACCGGGGUAUCGAGGUCAACCCGGAGAAGAUUAAAGCAGUACAAGAAAUGCAACCACCUCGGACUCAAAGGGAAGUGCAAAAGCUAGCAGGGUCCUUGGCGGCAUUACGAAGGUUUGUCUCCAAGCUUGCUGAAAGAUGUCUACCGUUCUUUGAAUUGCUAAAAGGGGCGAAAAAUCAGAAAUCAGUAGAGUGGAGCCCGGAUUGCCAAAAAGCCCUCAACGAGAUCAAGACAUACCUAUCCAAGCCUCCGAUCCUGACAAAAGCCUUACCCGGAGAGCCUCUAUACCUGUACCUGUCAGCCGGACCCCUUGCUGUUGGGGCGGCAUUGAUCAGGGAAGAAGCCGGACAACAGAAGCCUGUCUACUAUGUUAGCCAAGUCUUGAAGGAUGCGGAGACCAGGUAUCCCAACUUAGAAAAAUUUGCAUUUGCACUGAUCACCGCAUCCAGGAAACUCAGGCACUACUUUCAAGGAAGAGAAAUUAGGAUUGUUACAGACCAACCUUUGAGGAAAAUCAUUCACAAGCCAGAUAUCUCCGGGAGGCUAGUAAACUGGGCAAUCGAACUUAGCCAGUUCAGCCUAACAUUCCUACCCCGGACAGCAAUUAAAGCCCAGGUCCUAGCCGAUUUCGUGGUGGAAUGCAAUUUUCCAGAAAAUCAGACAACUCCCAUGGAAACUGAACCAGAAACCACGGCAGAUCCUAACCCGGAGUCUUGGAUACUACAUGUGGACGGAUCCUCAACAGCUGAGAGAUCAGGAGCCGGACUAAUCCUGAAAAGCCCGGAUGGAUUCACCAUCAAAACAGCAAUCUCCUUCGGUUUCGCAGCAACCAACAACCAAGCGGAAUACGAAGCCCUUCUAGCUGGGUUAAAGUUAGUCCGGACCCUGUCUAUCCGAAAUCUCACCAUCUGCAGUGACUCCCAGAUUGUAGUCAGACAGACUAACGGAGAAUAUCUAGCCAAGGACCCAAUCCUGACAAGGUACCAAGCUCUGGUGAAAAGUUACCUUACCCUGAUCCCCGGGUACAAAAUUCUACAGAUCAACAGAGAAGAAAAUUCGGAAGCAGACAAACUUUCCAAGCUUGUCCAGAACUCGGCUGACCUGGAAAGCUCGGUCUACUUUGAAGAGUUACACAAACCAACAAUCGAGCACGAAGAAGUUUUUGAAAUCAACAACAAUCCCAAUUGGAUGACUCCCCUGAUCAACUACAUAGAAAAGGGCGAGUUACCCGAAGAUAAAGGAAAACCACAAAGGCUAAAAGCCAAAGCAGCAAAGUUCUUUGUAGAAGGCGGGAUCCUGUUCCGCCGAACUUACUCGGCCCCGAUCCUGAAAUGUAUCGAUCCUGAAGAAUCCGAGUACUGCCUAAGGGAAGUCCACGAAGGAAUUUGCGGAGAUCAUAUGUCGGCCAAGAGCUUAGCUUACAAGAUUAUCAGACAAGGAUACUAUUGGCCGACCAUCCACCAAGAUGCUAUGGAGUUCGUGCAAAAAUGCAAAAAUUGCCAACUAUUCAGCAACGUGCCCCGGGUAAGCCCUGUCCUACCUUCCUCAGUUUUAUCCCCGAUCCCCUUUGCUGUAUGGGGAAUAGAUAUCAUGGGACCCUUCCCCCGGGCUAAAGGAGACCUCAGAUAUUUGCUUGUCUCCAUCGAUUAUAUGACCAAGUGGGUUGAAGCCAAAGCAAUGCGGACAAUCAACCAGCAAGACGUCAUCCGGUUUAUGGAUAACAUUUUGAUGAGAUUCGGGCUACCAAGGGUCCUGGUCUCAGACAAUGGACCCCAGUUCAUAGGGUCGGACUUUGAAAGUUACCUGGCGGAAAGAGGCAUCAAACAUAAAAAGUCUUCUGUCGCCUAUCCCCAAGGAAAUGGCUAG